AUGGCAAAGCGGCAAGUAUGGCAAAGCGGCAAGUAUGGCAAAGCGGCAAGUAUGGCAAAGCGGCAAGUAUGGCAAAGCGGCAAGUAUGGCAAAGCGGCAAGUAUGGCAAAGCGGCAAGUAUGGCAAAGCGGCAAGUAUGGCAAAGCGGCAAGUAUGGCAAAGCGGCAAGUAUGGCAAAGCGGCAAGUAUGGCAAUGCGGCAAGUAUGGCAAAGCGGCAAGUAUGGGAACGCGGCAAGUAUGGGAAAGCGGCAAGUAUGGGAAAGCGGCAAGUAUGGGAAAGCGGCAAGUAUGGGAAAGCGGCAAGUAUGGGAAAGCGGCAAGUAUGGGAAAGCGGCAAGUAUGGGAAAGCGGCAAGUAUGGGAAAGCGGCAAGUAUGGGAAAGCGGCAAGUAUGGGAAAGCGGCAAGUAUGGGAAAGCGGCAAGUAUGGGAAAGCGGCAAGUAUGGGAAAGCGGCAAGUAUGGGAAAGCGGCAAGUAUGGGAAAGCGGCAAGUAUGGGAAAGCGGCAAGUAUGGGAAAGCGGCAAGUAUGGGAAAGCGGCAAGUAUGGGAAAGUGGCAAGUGUGGCAAAAAGGCAAGUGUGGCAAAAAGACAAGUGUGGCAAAAAGGUGUCGCAUUUCAGUGAAUAUUAA